CCCCAACCAGCCAACCAACAGCUUCGUCCUCACUUUUUGGUGUCCUGUUGGGUCGACGUUGAUUCUCUCUCUCGCAACACUUCCCCGUUCCCAUUCCACCACGCACUUGGCCAUCGCAGUUGCGGCUACGAGCCCGAUAGACAGUGAGAGACAGAGUGUGUGAGAGCGAGCACCAGCUGCAGUCGUUCAUUUUCCCACAGCUCAAUUGCUGCUGCUGCACACUCUGCACACAGACCGCGUCGCUGCGCUCAUCUUUUCCCGCACUCGUCUUCCGCUUCCUCCCUCUCUUUCCCCAACAACAACAAUGGCCACUCUGUCCCGGGCAUCGUCGCGGAUACCGCUCUGGUCCGCCUCAAGGUCCGUUGCUCGUACAGUCAUCACAAACAAUGCCAUUGCACGGACGCCGGCCCUCGCUGCCUUGGCUAGAUAUUACGCUUCCAAAUCUUACCCGCCUCACACGAUCAUCUCCAUGCCUGCGCUCUCGCCUACCAUGACAUCCGGUAACAUAGGAGCAUGGCAGAAAAAGGCUGGCGACUCGCUGUCUCCAGGUGAUGUUCUCGUCGAGAUCGAGACGGACAAGGCGCAGAUGGACUUUGAAUUCCAGGAGGAGGGUGUGCUGGCCAAGAUCCUUAAGGAGUCUGGCGAGAAGGAUGUCGCCGUGGGCAGUCCAAUUGCUGUUAUGGUCGAAGAGGGUGAGGACAUCUCCGCCUUCGAGUCUUUCACCGUCGAGGACGCAGGUGGAGACAAGGCUCCGCCCAAGGAGAAACCAAGCGCCGAAGCUACGGAGUCUUCUGACCCUCCAAAGUCUACCCCCAAGAAGUCUGAGUCCGCACCAGCAGCAGCAGAGAGCGAAUCGACUGGCGGCCGUCUCGAAACCGCCCUGUCCCGCUUCCGCAAACAACCCAAGGAAGCCGCGAAGUCUGGUGCCGCUCCCGCCGCUACUUCCGCAGCACCAGCCGCAGCGACAUACGUGGAUGAGGAACCCAGCAGCAUGCGCAAGACGAUCGCAAAGCGUCUGCAGCAGUCGAUGAAUGAGAAUCCGCACUAUUUUGUAACAUCGGCAGUAUCAGUGACGAAGCUGCUGAAGCUGCGCGCGGCCCUCAACGCCUCUGCUAACGGCGCGUACAAACUCUCCGUGAACGACUUCCUCAUCAAGGCCUGCGCUGUUGCUCUGGCCAAAGUCCCCGCCGUGAACUCGGCCUGGAUCGAGCAGGGUGGCAAGGCGGUCAUCAGAAGGUACACCGUGGCAGAUAUUUCAGUUGCCGUGGCCACUCCUUCGGGCCUGAUGACGCCCAUCAUCAAGAACGUUGGCGGCAUCGGUCUGGCAUCCAUCUCGGCACAGGUCAAGGAUUUAGGCAAGCGGGCUAGGGACGGCAAGCUGAAACCCGAUGAGUACCAGGGUGGCACUUUCACGAUCUCGAACAUGGGCAUGAACGACGCCGUUGACCGCUUUACUGCCGUUAUCAAUCCGCCGCAGGCAGCCAUCCUGGCCGUCGGCACGACCAAGAAGGUCGCCAUCCCCGCGGAAGGCGAGGAGGGUGGCGUCGAGUGGGACGACCAGAUUGUGCUGCAGUGCUCGUUUGACCACAAGGUCAUCGAUGGAGCGGUCGGCGCCGAGUUCAUGAAGGAGCUGAAGAAGGUGGUCGAGAACCCACUGGAGCUGUUGCUGUAAAAGACAAGGUGUCCCAGGCGACCUUCUCUGCGCGGUCCCAGGAGACAACGUUCAAAUCAUUAAAAAGCUGUAAGCAUAUCUAUCGUAUUUUGCAUUCUUGUCAAAAUAGGAGAUCUUGAAGAGCCCGGGGACUUAUGGAGUGGGGGGGCGAAGGUGGGAGUGACCGUGUUGGCGCGAUCUCACUGUAUCUAUUUAGAAAGGGUGGAAAGGUAUCGGACAGGAUAUGGCACAAGCGUGUGGAUCUAGUAAGCCUCACUUUUUUUUUAUUCUUUUGCUGUUGUCGUUGUCUUUUUGUUUCUUUACGCUGAAGGUGUUCUACGCACCUUCAAAAGAAAACCAAUGUCCAUCAUACUCUUCCGCACUUGCAGAACGCUACAACUCUUCAUGGUUGUCA